AUGCAGGAUCUGGAGGCCCCCUUGAGCUUAGGGGCCCCCUGGGGCCCCUCGGGGGCCCCCCGAGGGCCCCUUGCUGCUGCUGCGUCUCCUGGGGCCCCUCCCUCAUUUCUUGCUGCUAAGCAGCAGCAGCAGCAGCAGCAGCAGCAGGAGCCGAAGCAGCAGGAGUUGGCGCUGGGUCUGUGCGCCGACGAGCAGCAGCAGCAGCUGCUGCAGCAGCAGCAGCAGCUGCUGCAGCAGCAGCAGCAGGAGGAGGACCUGGAGAGCGUGGAAGCAGCUGAGGGGGCGCUGCAGUACGAGCUGGAAGUGCUGCCGCUGGGCUUUGCUGCUGCUGCUGCUGCUGCUGCUGCUGCUGCUGCUGCUGCUGGGGGGGGCCCCGCGAGGAGCUGGCGCGUGUCUUUGCUGCGGGUGGGGAGUUUGCUGCUGCUGUCGCUGCUGCCGCUGCUGUCGUGUCUGCUGUUUGUGUCUGUCUUGCAUUCUGCUGCUGCUGCUAUGCUCGUGCUGCACUGGUGCUGCAUGCUGGGGGCCCCUGCGGUGUACAUACACCUCGCCAGCCAAGACCCUCUUUUCUACCGCCGCUUGGGGGCCCCCCGGGGGCCCCUGGGGGGCCCCUGGAAGCAGCAGAGUUUGUGGGCCCUUGUGGGGUUUGUGUUGGGAGCUGCUGCUGCUUUUGGUGGCUUCCAGUUGCUGCUGCUGCUGCUGCGCGCAGCAGCGCAGCAGCAGCUGCUGCUGCUGCUGCGCGACCGCCUGCUGCAGCAGGGCCUCGGGGGCCCCCUCCCCCUCACGGGGGCCCUCGCUUUCUAUUUUGUUUUUUUAAAUCCUCCAAUUGAAGAAUUCUUUUGGAGAGUUUUUCUUUUGAAAGAAUUAACUGCAUGCGUUUACUGCCCCCCCCCUUCUCCGCUGUACGUACACCCCGGGGGGCCCCCCGGGGGGACCCUGGGGGGGCCCCCCGGGGGCGCAGCAGCAGCAGCAGCAGCAGCAGCAGCAGCAGCUGCUGCUGCUGCGGCGGAGGAGGGGGCCGCGGGCGCAGCAGCAGCGCAGCCGCUGACGGGCGCGCCGCGCCCGCCGCAGCGCCGCUGCUGCUGCAGCAGCUGCAGCAGCAGCAGCAGCAGCAGCAGCAGCAGCAGCAGCAGCGGGGAGGCGCUGGAGAAGAGGCCGUGGGGGGCCUUUGUUGCAGUGACUGCUGCCUACAGCAGCUACCACAUGGUGGUCUGCGAGGCCCUCCUGGGGGCCCCCUGGGCUGUACCCUCUUUCUUCUGUCUUUUCUUCUUGGGGGCCCUUUUGCUGCUGCUGCGCUGCAGCAGCAAAUUCGGCCUUUUGACUGCUGUGGGGCUCCACGCCGGAGUCGACUUCGCCGUCGUCGCCCUCUUCGCCCAAGCCCUCGGGCUCUUUUGA